CAUGCACUACAGUUGAAACUGGCUCUGUUGAAGACUUGAAAUGGGAAACAAAAAAAGUUCCAUCAAAACAGGGGAGGAAAUAAAAGACUCAAGUGAGCCUCUGAAGUUCAAAACUGAUAUUUCAGAUAUAGAGGUAGGAAGCAAAACCAGCACGGCCACCUUUUUAUGCGAACUCAACAUGAGCCAAAUCGAGGUGGAAUGGUACUAUUGCAGUAAACGUUUACAUCCGUCACACAAGUAUGCAAUUAUAGAUGAUGGAUUUAUUCAUAAGUUAAAGAUCAGCAAUGUUUCGGAAAACGAUGAAGGCAAAUACUCGGUGAUAGCAAAGGGAAUACGAUCUGAAGCCAAACUCUACGUAGAAGCUCAUUGCAAAUCCAAAGAUUUAUAAAGGUAAUAUUUAUCUGUCCAUAAUUGGGAGGCAAUUUCUAGAAAUUAAAGUCUUAAAUGCAACAAUAGAGCUCAGUGUUCAAAUGGUAAGUGUAAAACACUGUCUGCCUGCAGGCUUGGUUUAUGACUUAAAGCCUCCACUUCUCCAGCUUAAAUAAUUACAUUGGGUGCGUGCUCAAGUAGCAAGCACAUGAACUAGAGUAGCUUCUGUAAUUGGAGUGUCAUAUAUUCUGCACUAUCCUCCAUCUUCAACAACUACAAACUUAAAAUUAUGGUCUUCUGCCUAUCAAAAAGCUUAAAUACACACGCGCACAUACCCGCGUACGCAUGAGCGCAAACGCACACAAAACCAUUGUAGACGUGCACAUACGUGCACAUAAAUAUUUGAUAGAGAGAAUUUAUACGAAAUAAAUCACCACCACAUUAUACCAAACCAAUUACGGCAAAGCGCAAACCCAAUAGAAAUAGUUUCGAUGCUGCUUUAUAUACACACCCGAAUUAUACUACACAUUUGUACUGAUUCAAUAUUUGCAUAUAUACUCAAAUCUCUAUUUUCAUGUCUCACAAAUCAGCAGUGACAUUUUAGUCUUUUUAACGGAUUGGGACCAGAUAAUCUAUAUUUUCUCUCUCUGGAAGUUAACUGGAUUUCGAGGAUACACUGAAUAUAUAGAGAUAGUUUGCAUUAAGGGAUAUAACGCAGUUAUUGGAUCUCGAGGAAUAUGUAUAUAUGUGUGUGUGUGUGUGUGUGUGCGUGCGUGUGUGUGUGCGUGUGUGUGUGUGUGUGAACUCUUGAUUGUCCCAUAUACUGACAUUUUAAACAAACUAAUUACAACGCACAAUGAUAACACACAAUCUCUGAUGUGUGGGGUUAAUUUCUAAACUAAAAUAAUGCACUGGUAUAAAUUGAUAGCAUUUGAACAGCUGAAAGAGUAUUGAGAUUGCUAUUGAGAUGUUUAGCAUCUGUGGUAUUGUCCGUAAGUAUUGACCUGGCACUCAUGAAUAUUCCGUAUAUUUCCGUAAAUUAAUUUUCGGUGUCCGAACAUAAAUAGCAAGAAUCAUAUAACAAGAUAUUGCAUAUAUAAUUAUUAAUUGAUAUUUUGUCUCAACUGCAAAUACCUGUGCGGACAAAGCGUUUAGCUGCCAAUAUCAGGGUUGUGGGUUCGAGUCCUACGUCUGACCAUAUAUUUUUUGUCCCCAAAUUUUAUAUGCAGACUUACUACUUAUUUGAUCAAACGUAUCGUGAUAUUCAUGGUUCAUUUAUUAACGGUAAUCAUAUUUAUAAAUGGAAUAAAAUUGUUUUAAAAGUAUCGUAGAUAAAAAAAGACCAAUAACCUGUCACCAGCGAUCCAGAAAAAAAUACUACAAGAGAAAAGAAUUAAAAUUCAUGAAAUAUGAUACUAGUACAUAAAAUAAUGUAAAAAUAAAACAGGUUUCGGUAACAUUACAAUACAUUAAAGUAAAAAAAAAGGUCUAUGUGAUUUCGAACCCGUGGUAACCUGCGUGGAAGUCAGUACCUUACCUCCACGCUAACGUGUCAUCGGUUAAUUUUAUGUGUUACUUAAGUAAUAUACAGCAGAUACUUUCAGGAUACAAAUAUUGCGUAAAUUAACGAAAACGCCCGAAAAUACUGGCGAAGAUUAAUGAGUGCUAGGUCAAUACUUACGGACAAUAUCGUAUUAGGACAAACUAUAGUUAGGUCACCUGCAAGGUCAGAGUU